AUGGAUCACACUGAUCCAUAUUUUUUGCAAUCCUCGAAUCAUUCGGGACUUGUUAUUGGCUCUCAACUCCUUGAUGAAGAUAACUACAGCACACGGCACCGCACCAUCACCAUUAGUCUUAGUGCCAAAAACGAACUAAGGUUUGUUGAUGGCACCAUCAAACCUCUCUCUAAGAAUGAUUCCAAAUACCCUUUAUGGCAUCGGUGUAAUGAUAUGGUGAUGGCUUGGUUGUUGAAUGCUCUCACACCAACCCUCACUAACAGUGUCAUCCAUGCUGACACACUUGCUAAAGUUUAG